CUUUCCAUUCGAAAACAUGUGUGUAAAUCUUGCAAGUCCGGCGAUAGGAACGAUAGUGUCGCAAUCGAUAAAAGUUGAAAGAUUGGGCCAACAACAAAGGAGCCAACUCCGGCACUCAAUUUUCGGCGAUGGAGACGAAGGAACGCCUGGUGGUCUACGACUGUGAUAUUGGAACCGACGAUGCCUGGGGAUUGGCCAUGAUGCUGCGGGCGGAGGAGCUGCCGGCUCUGCCAGGAGGCAGGAGCUCCAAGGUGGUGGCCAUAACGACGGUGCAGGGCAACACGGAUGUGGUCAAUGGGACACUGAAUGCCCUGCGGAUUCUGCACACACUGGACAGGCGGGAUGUGCCCGUUUUCAAAGGCUGUGCCGAUCCCAUAGUGCCACGAACUUGGGCCUACACCAAUCGUUUUCAUGGCGUGGACGGGCUCAACGAUGUGGGCAACUAUCCGGAGGUUAGCCUAGAGCAGGAACUGCAGCCGGAGCAUGCCGUCAAUGCCAUGUACCGCCUGGCCAACCAACAUCCCGGUCAAGUGGACUUCCUGCUCUGCGGCCCACUCACCAACUUUGCCAACUGCAUUAAUCUGUACGGCCAGGCAUUUCUGGACAUGAUUGGCGGCGUCUACAUGUUGGGCGGCAACAUGUACGCAAAGGGCAACGUCACCAAGAGUGCCGAGUUCAAUUUCAUGAUGGAUCCCGAGGCGGCGCACAUUACCCUGGAGCGAGUGCCACGGCCAGCUUUGGUUGUGCCCUGGGAGACGUGCAUCGAUGGCGAUUUCGGCAUCACCCUCGACUGGCGGCUAAAUGAUCUGGGAUCUGUGGACCAUCCCUUCGUCCAACUGCUGACCAGAGUGGAGCGCUCGAUGCUGGAGCCGCGCGGCUUUCAGAAGUGGAUCAGCUGCGAUGCCCUGCUCACGGCCACCUACCUUUUCCCGGGGGAAAUGAUAGCCGAUCAGCGGGAGUACUAUGCCACCGUGGAAUUAAACGGCACCCAUACCCGUGGCCAGAUGGUGCUGGAUCACCUGCGCGGCCGCAAAGUGGAUGCCAUCCACGGCAAGAAGAGCAACGUGCGCAUCGUAAGACGCCUCAAUGGCGAGCCCUUCCGCACGAUCAUCGCCUGGACGGGAUUCCUCAAGCAAGCCGAUAUCGCGCAACUUAUCGUUUAGCAUUUUUAUGAGGUUUGAUGCAAAUAUAAUGAAGAACUUAUUGUUGAGAAGAGAAUUGUGAAAGUAAUGUGCCUAAAGUUGGUUUAGUGUUAAGACUGCUUGGGGUCCGACUUAAACUUCCCAAUGUUUUAGUAGGAGUCCAUAUCGAAAUCUACUGGGUAAUCCUGUUAGCCACUGCAUAUUCCUAGGUUCAGCAGGAUGUUGGCCACCUCGAGACUCCUGGAACUUGGAUUUAUUGAAAAAAUACAAUUUUUAAAAAUAUAUUUUAUAACAUUUCUAAAUGAUACACAGUCUUUUGAUGUAUUCAGUCUACCUAUGUUUGUUAUCAAUGUUUCUUACGAUGUAUUCCAAUUCAUCAUGUAAUAAGAUCAUAGUCUAGCCUUAUAAAUUACAAAAAAAAAAGUUAUUACAAAAGUAAUUUGACCUAUUUUUAUUUGAUGAUCUAAAUAUUUUUAGACUCUCAAAAUGAUGGUGUAAAGACUUGUAUCUUGUAUCUUCUCAGAAGUAGUAAAUCUACCACAAUUGCUUAACGUCAUACUUUUAGGUAAUUAGCCCUCUUGUGUAAGUUAACCCAUUGUUCGACUGUUUAUGACCUGAUAAGGCGGCACCAGGUGUGGCCUGACUUGGCCACAGAUUAUGCUGAAGUGCUUGGGGCAGCACAAACAUUUUUGGUCAUGGAUAAGGCUUAGUCACAUUCUGUGACAUGGAAAGUCUAUCAGCUGAAAUACUGAUAACCCAAUCUAAGAAACAAUAUAGAGGUUUAAAAAAUAUGGCUCGCAUUUUGGAAUGUCAUACCUAGAUAAAUUUGUCAUGAAAUUUUCAAUUGAUUGGUGGCAUACGUAGCUGAAAAGUUUAUUUUUUAAUAGGUCCUCAUUUGCACAAAACAGUCAGUCUCUUUGUUGUGCAUUUUCUUCUACAAAACUUAAAAAAAAAUCCAAUUAAGUUUCGGGUUUUUCAUAAUAUUCCUGGAAAAUACAGUUCUUAUUUUAAACUCGUAUUAAAUUUCCAAUUGAUUGGAUUUUACAGGUGCAAUUGUAAUAAUGAAAUACAUCAAUAAUUAUAAAAAAAUUUCGUUUUUCGAAACCAGCCGUAAAAAAAUAGUUAAUUUAGAAAUUAACAAGAAAGAGUAAAACAUUUAUCCAAAAUUAUACUUAGUCUACCAAAUAUAGUAGCAAUUGAUUAAAUACCCAAUCCAUUUGAAACUACAAAAAUGUUUGGUGUAUAUAUUUCCUUCUACAGAGGUGUAUAAUCAGUGUUCCAUUAAAUCGAUCCGAUGCGAGUGUUCAAAUUCACAAUGUGCUAUAAAUUUACAUACAUUACUAAAACAAAACAUUGCUCAUCUCCCGAGAAACAGUCCCAAAAAUGUUUUGAAUUUUACAUAAACUUUGUCAUCUUACUUUAAACAGAUUAUUUAAUUAGGAAAUGCAUACAAUCUGAGUGCUUUAAAUGAAUCCAGUUUAUUUAUUAGCAAAUGUUUAGCAUAGUUAAUGAAAUUGCGUUUUUAAAAAAACAUGUUUUAAAUCAAUGUACAAAUUAACAUUUUUAUUUUUUUAUUUAUUUUAUGUAAGGCGUAUACCAAUAAAGUUGAUGUAUAAUGUAGCCAAAAAGACUAACUAACAUUUUAUCUUGUAAGACGCCCACAUUACCUAAUUUAUAGCCAAUGCAGUUUGUUAUGCAAACAGUAAGCGAGCUUUAAUGGUUCAACGAUUUAAUGGGCCCUUUUAUAAUUUUUGUGCGGCAUAAUUUGACCACAGAUUACAUAAUUGACAAUUCUAAUUUAUUUUACAUGGUAUAGUUUGCGUUGUGCUUUCGUUAACGUAGAUAAAAUAUCUCGUAAUUAAUGAAUUUUUCUUAACUACUAAGUAAACAGUGCGUUUUAAAGGUGUAACUUU